AUGGUGCUAAGAUGGCGCUUUCGUCCUGAAACCUUCCCCGAGUUGCCCGCCACAUCGUCGCGCGUCAUCCCGCCCUCGGCCGACAUGGUGUCAAAACAUCUAGCCACCCAGAAUGGCUUGGUCCCUCCGACAGCCCUAGCCUCCUCCCCAGCCCAAAGUCUUGAUUCCCUACCACCUCGUCGCAUCUCAAGGCAGGAUUGGGUCCCUCUCUUGCAACUCAGCUCGCUGGAAUGCUGCGAAAUAUUUCCCCAUCACGGGUAUCGCCGCCCGCACAGCCUCGCCACGCGUAAAUGA